GACGGCCGCCACGAGAUUGACGCUCACCACCGGAAUCGAGCGAGCCCCUCCCUCGGCCCAAUUGACGACGACGCGUUGCCACUGCCAGAGGCACAGAGCCCUGAGAGGUUUCACGUCCAUGCCCUCUCUGCGGACCGGCCUCUCCUCGACACCCGCCCACGAACACGCCCCUGCCCACCCCCCGAAUUAAAGCCGCAAUGACUUCGCUCUAUCGCCUGGCCGGCCGAGCCGCCGCGAAGCGCCUGUUCCUCCGGCCCGCCAUCCCCUCCCAGACCCCCUUCGCCGCCGCCUCAAUAAGAUGCUUCUCCACCGCCCCCCGCCGACGCUACGCCGAGCCCGCCACCUACCAGCCGACGCGCCUGGUGCCCGUAGACAGCAACUUCCAGCCCGCCGCCGACCCCUACGACGUCGAGCACGAGGGCGAGGACCACGUCCGGGCGCCGCGCGACGAUGCUAUCGAGGACCGCAAGAUCCGCCACUACACGGUCAACUUUGGCCCGCAGCACCCGGCCGCCCACGGCGUGCUCCGCCUCAUCCUCGAGCUAAGCGGCGAGGAGAUUAUACGGGCUGACCCGCACGUCGGCCUGCUGCACCGCGGCACCGAGAAGCUGUGCGAGUACAAGACGUACCUCCAGGCCCUGCCGUACUUUGACCGUCUCGACUACGUUUCCAUGAUGACCAACGAGCAGUGCUUCGCCCUCGCCGUCGAGAAGCUGCUCAACGUCGAGAUCCCCGAACGCGCAAAGUUUAUCCGGACCCUGUUUGGCGAGAUCACUCGUGUCCUCAACCACCUCAUGUCCGUCCUGUCCCAUGCCAUGGACGUCGGCGCUCUCACGCCUUUCCUGUGGGGCUUCGAGGAGCGAGAGAAGCUGAUGGAAUUCUACGAGCGUGUCUCGGGUGCCCGUCUGCACACUGCCUACGUGCGGCCCGGUGGUGUUCACCAGGACAUUCCCGCCGGUCUCCUCGACGACAUCUACCAGUGGGCGACGCAGUUUGGCGACCGCAUCGACGAGACAGAGGAGAUGCUGACGGACAACCGCAUCUGGAUCAACCGUCUGCAGGGCGUGGGCGUGGUCUCGGCCGCCGAGGCGCUCAACUUGUCCUUCACGGGCGUCAUGCUCCGCGGGUCGGGCGUGCCGUGGGACGUGCGCAAGAGCGCGCCCUACGACGCCUACGACCAGGUCGAGUUCGACGUGCCCGUGGGCGUCAACGGCGACUGCUAUGACCGCUACCUGUGCCGCAUGGAGGAGUUCCGUCAGUCGCUGCGCAUCAUCCACCAGUGCCUCAACAAGAUGCCCGCCGGCCCCGUCCGGGUCGAGGACUACAAGAUCUCGCCCCCGCCGCGCGCGGCCAUGAAGGAGAACAUGGAGGCCCUCAUCCACCACUUCCUGCUCUACACCAAGGGCUACGCCGUCCCGCCGGGGGACACCUACUCGGCCAUCGAGGCCCCCAAGGGCGAGAUGGGCGUCUACGUCGUCAGCGACGGCAGCGAAAGGCCCUACCGCGUCUCCAUCAGGGCGCCCGGCUUCGCCCACCUUGCCGGCUUCGACCACGUCGCCAAGGGCCAUCUGCUCGCCGAUGCCGUGGCCGUCAUCGGCACCAUGGAUCUUGUGUUUGGCGAGGUUGACCGGUAGAGAGGAAUAUGAAAUUCAAAUCUUAAGUCAUGCAGGAGUAGGGUGAAGUAGAGGAUAAAGAACGGGGCCUGGUUUGGGCCAUUCCGUCAGUGUAGUGAUGGUCGCAAUAAAAAUGUUCAUACUCUAAAACGUGGAAAUUUAAAACGCAGUGCAGGUGGGCGGGGCGGUGUCGGAAAGCAUCGAUGAAUGAAUGGACUGGGGACCGGAUUCUCGUCCC